AUGGCAGACCCGGAGGAUAAUGUUUCAAUCCCAGAGUUCAGCUGCCUUCUCCAAAUGGACCCUUACCUCAAACCCUACGAGCGGGACUUCAAGCGGAGGUAUGAGCUGCUACAGAAGCAGCUCUUUCAGCUGGAGGAGGCGGAGGGGGGCUUCGACCAGUUUACCCGCAGCUACAGGAGCUUCGGUGUGCAGCGACGACCUGACAACAGCCUCUUCUUUAAAGAGUGGGCUCCUGCUGCAGAGGCCCUCUUCCUCACUGGUGACUUCAAUGCCUGGGACAAAUUCUCUCACCCCUACUGCAAGAAAGACUUUGGAAAGUGGGAGCUGAUUAUACCUCCUAAACACGACAAGUCUCCAGCUGUGGAUCAUAACAGCAAGCUCAAGGUGGUGGUUCACACCAAGGAGGGUAAACGACUGUACCGCAUCUCACCCUGGGCAAAAUACGUGACCAAGGAGGAGAAGUCUGUCAUCUAUGACUGGGUUCACUGGGACCCUCCUCAUCCGUACAUUCAAAUACAUCCUCGGCCAAAGAAACCCUCGAGCCUGAGAACAUACGAGGCCCAUGUGGGAAUUGCUUCACCAGAGGGAAAGAUUGCUUCCUAUGCCAACUUCACAACCAACGUGCUGCCCCGGAUAAGGGACCUGGGUUACAACUGUAUCCAGCUGAUGGCUAUCAUGGAGCACGCCUACUACGCCAGCUUCGGAUAUCAGGUUACAAGUUUCUUUGCUGCGUCCAGUCGUUACGGUACCCCGGAGGAGCUUAAGCAGCUAGUAGAUGUGGCGCACUCUAUGGGCAUCGUGGUGCUGCUGGAUGUUGUUCACAGCCACGCCUCCAAGAACACAGAGGACGGCCUGAACCACUUUGACGGCUCGGACUCCUGUUUCUUUCACUCUCCUCCCAGAGGAGACCACAGCCAGUGGGGCAGCCGACUGUUCAACUAUUCCAGCUGGGAGGUUCUGCGGUUCCUUUUGUCAAACCUGCGCUGGUGGAUGGAGGAGUACCGCUUCGACGGCUUCAGGUUUGACGGCAUCACCUCUAUGCUGUAUCAUCACCACGGAAUCGGCACGGCCUUCUCCGGGGACUACAGCGAGUACUUUGGCCUUCAGGUGGAUGAAGACUCCGUGGUUUACCUGAUGCUGGCAAAUCACAUUCUUCACACCCUUUAUCCUGAUUGCAUCACUGUUGCAGAGGACGUGUCAGGGAUGCCUGCUGUCUGCAGAGCAGUGCAGGAGGGAGGACUUGGUUUUGACUACCGUCUGGCGAUGGCCAUUCCUGACAAGUGGAUUCAGAUCCUGAAGGAGUUAAAGGAUGAGGAGUGGAGCGUGGGCCAUAUAGUCCACACACUGACCAACAGGCGCUAUGGAGAGAAAUGCAUCGCUUAUGCAGAAAGUCAUGAUCAGGCUCUGGUUGGGGAUAAGACCCUGGCCUUCUGGUUAAUGGACAAGGAGAUGUACACAAAUAUGAGCACCUUGACUCCUUUGACUCCCGUCAUUGACCGCGGCAUGCAGCUGCAUAAGAUGAUUCGCCUUCUCACUCACGCACUGGGUGGGGAAGGUUAUCUCAACUUCAUGGGUAAUGAGUUUGGCCACCCUGAGUGGCUGGAUUUCCCUAGAGAAGGCAACAAUCAAAGUUAUCACUACGCCCGGCGGCAGUUUAACCUGGUGGAUACAGAUGAACUACGCUACUCUCAACUCUACACCUUUGACCGAGACAUGAACCUCACGGAGGACAAGUAUGGCUGGCUGUCUGCACCGCCUGCUUUUGUCAGUGCCAAGCAUGAAGAGGACAAAGUCAUCGUGUUCGAAAGAGCAAACGUACUCUUUAUCUUCAACUUUCACCCCAGCCAGAGUUUCCAGGACUACAGGGUGGCUGUGGAGGCUCCAGGGAGAUACAAAAUCAAGCUGGACACAGAUGAGGGUCUGUAUGGAGGUCACGGACGCCUGGACCACAACACGGAGUUCUUCACUGUGGCCGAGCCUUUCAACGGCCGUGCCAACUCCAUGCAGGUCUACAUUCCCUGCAGAACAGCCGUAGUCCUGGCCAACGAGGAGAUAGAUUACUGUUAUUAGAGGAUGAUUGUCCCCGCAGAGACGACGGUCCAAGGACAACCCCAGACCCGUGUUAACAAUCACCUUAAUUUUAAAGCGUCAACUUUGCACACCGCCCAAACCUGCUUUUUGUGUCCUAGAUCUCUCCUUAAUGGGAGAGGGAUUAAACUGUGUGCUUUUACACACCAUCUGUAACACUGGGUGUCGUCUGAGUACGGCCCCUUACCACCGAUCGCUGCAUUAGGAAAGAAAUUACAGUCAAAAGGUUCUGAGACAGAUGUUGAAAUUCCAAAAAGGUGUCUGACAAGUUUUAUUUUGAGUUUUUUGUCAAAAAUAUAUAAUCCUUUUAUUUGAUCAGGUUUUUUAAGCCAUCCAAAGAACUAUUUUGUCUGAGUUCAGAUCACAGAUACAAGAGUUUAAAUUAAAUUAAAGUUUAGUCCUUAGAUGAGUGGUUCAAAAACACAGGAUAAGAAGAGUAUUUCUUGAAAUUAGUCUUUGAACAUUUUGACUUAAAAACUUAUUCAAACUAGGGAUGGCUUGAUACAACUUUUUCAUGUGCAAUACCAAUACUGCAACUUGGAGUAUCUGCAGAUACUGAUAUCAAUCCAAUACCUUCUUUUCUCCUUCAGACGAUAGUGUCCCUGUUUACGGCAAAGUAAAGUUAAGAAUUUGGGCUUAGGUAUCGGAUCGGACGGAUUAUGUUGUUGUUUUUGACCAUGUUCAACCCUGAAAUUUGGACCAUUAUCGGACCAAUACCGAUCCUGAAUAUCCGGAUUGAUCCAUCCCUAAUUCAGACUAAUUCGCUCCUUUUAGCUUCUGUUGAUUUUGCGUGUGGGUGGGGCUACGUGAACCGGACACUGUGAGGAAACAUAUCAAAUGUGAUCGAAGCAGAGAAGAGAAAGCAUAUAUUUUAUUUUGAACAAUAAUUUUGUAUGUAAUUAAAAAAUAGUGACAAACACAACAAAGUAUUUCAUUGUUCACCAGCAAGCACUUAUUGUAGUACACCGUAGUACUCGUCUGAUCCCUGCAGAUCCAUCGCUCUUCUAUGUUUGUGCCGUGGGACGUGUGUGUGUAUAAAGAUGUAACAUGCAAAAGAAAAAACACCAUUAGGCUACAUUGAAGUAUUACAUGUUUAAUUGUGUUGUAAUGCUUGACUUUAUGCAUCAACUGGGGGAGCGUUUACCUGUUAUUUUUUAGAGCCCAGAAAUAAAGCCAGAAAUAUUAUUUCUGAUAAUAAAAAACUUGUGUUUUUCCAUACAUAUAUAAAAGGAUCAGCACACUGAAAA